AAAGAAUAUCAGCUAGCAAGAAGAGGUUCAUAUAUCCCAAUCCAGGUCCUGAAAAGUUCAAUCUUUCUCCUUAAAAUCAGGUCCUAAUGUAAAAUUCCUCAUGUUAAAGUAAGGAGACAGAGAUUGCAGUGAGCCAGCAUAAGUAUGCUCAUCAGGCACUGAGAAUGGGGAAAUAAUGAUUGGCAGAGAGAGAAGUUAUUUUAAUUUUUCUUCAAGAGUACAAUACAACACAGAACUGCCACUAAUGAAAAAAAUACACUGGCUGCUAAAAGGACUCUUACGUCUCUUAUUUGCUGAACCUUGUCACUAAAUGUUAGCAACAUUAUACUUUUGGGAUGUUCUUGAAUAUUCUCUAAAAACAGUAAAAUAAGUGAGAAAAUGUCACAGGGACUUAACCUCAACCUCCUGAAGGGACGGGAACAAGAGAUUAUUUUAGAUGUCUUGUAUCGUGACCAAAUAUUGAGAAAGAUGGAUGAAGAAAGAAUAAGGAAACUAAAAAUGCAUCUGCAGCAACUUCGGUGGGAAGGGUCAAAAAGCAGCAGCUACAAAUACCCAGAGAAGUCAUGCGCCCGCUGUCAGAAAGCUCUUGGGGUGCUGAUGAAUAGAGGUGCUGUCUGUAAUGGGUGCAGCCAUCGAGUAUGCUCUGGAUGUCGCAUCAUUCUGAAUCCCUACAUGUGGAAAUGCACUCUCUGCUACGCUCACGAAGAUAUUAACGCAAAAGCAGGCAAAUGGUUUUUUGAGGAGCGAGCAAAGAAAUUUCCAGCUGAAGAUAGGCAUGAAACAGCUGGCACUAAGCUCCUGAAAUCUUAUCAAAAACUAAGUAACAUUUCUGUGGUUCCUCCAACUCCUCCUCCAUUCUCUGAAAAUACAAGUGGAUUUAAUACUGUGGAACAUGACCAGAGGAAAACUUUCCAUAGGUCUGUGGAGAAUUUAUUUCUGUCUUUUACCACACAUAUAAGGAAUAUCUCCAAGUCCCAGAAUGACAUGCUAGUUGAAAAAUGUCUUCUAACGACGGAUUAUGGACAGGAGAUGGAACUAAGGAAAGAAAAGAGGAGUCAGUCUGAUACCGCCAUUGAUAUUGGAACCAGGAUUAAACAGGCCCCAAGUCUUCAGCGACUUACAAGUGGAACACAAAUGGAAUGUGGAAUUACUCCUGAAAGGGAUUCCAUUCAAAAGGUCACUUCAUCCAGUCCCCUAAGUGGCAUAUUUUCUGCCGGCAUAAAACGAGAUAGUUUGUAUAGCAUAAACAGUACUUGCAGUGAGGCUGGCAGCUUUGAGAAAGUUGAUGUCAGUGGUGAAAUAGAACUUGCCAUCAGAUAUAUUUUCAACACUAGCAUUUUAGAAAUAUGUGUUAAGGCCUGCAAGAAUUUGGCAUAUGGAGAGGAGAGAAAGAAAAAGUGCAAUCCGUAUGUCAAGACUUAUUUGCUACCUGGUAAAUCUCCUCAGAAUAAACGGAAGACAUCAAUCAAAAAGAACACAAGGGAUCCUGCUUUCCAUGAAACAUUAAAGUACAAGAUUGAAUACUCCCAGCUGGAAAUGCGACAACUUCAGGUGUCUGUCUGGCAUUCUGGAACUUUCAGACGCCGAGUUUUCCUUGGAGAAGUGGUCAUACCAUUUGCUUCUUGGAAUUUUGAAGACAAGUCAAAUCAGUUGUUUAGUUGGUAUCAACUCAAAGCAAAGGCUGAAAAGUCUGAAGAUAACAUGGUUCACUGCAGUGGAGAACUUCUGGUGCGUGCAAAACUGGUUUUACCAUCUCUGUGUAACAACUCUAAAUAUGAAGAUCAGAUGAAAGAAAAUAUAAAACAUUCAAUGGAAGACAAAACAUAUCCUUAUUACCAGCUCCAUGUUAUAGUACUUGAAGCCAAAAAUUUGCCAGUGAUAAGACCUGAUGGCCUACUGAAUUCAUUUGUUAAAAGCUGCCUUCGCAUCCUGGGGCAACAUGACAUGAAACAAAGGACUCCUGUGCUGAAGAAACAAGCCCAUCCACAAUGGAAACAUUUGUUUGUCUUUAAUGGGGUUACCACAUCUCAGCUGCAGCAGUCUUGCCUGGACUUAACUGUCUGGGAUCAAACACCUUUUGGCUUACGUGAUCAGUUUUUGGGAGGUGCAAGGCUUGGAACAACAUCUCAAACCAGAACCUCAGAUGCAACCUCUCAAGCAUGUCUUCCAUGGCAAAAAGUACUCAGCAGCCCAAAUGAAUGGACAGAUAUAAUACUUACCCUACAGUCUAGUGCUCAUGCGUUUAACUUCUGAAUCAUUUUCAGACUGUCUCCUCCAGCUGCGGUAGACAGAAAGCUAUUUUUGUAGCAUCAAUCCUUGUG